AUGACUCGCAUAGACCGGUUACAUGGGAGCAGCGACGGUGGAGGCCGUAGGUGUAACGCCAGCGGGGCUGCCACGGUGAGACCAAAAGCUGCGUGGAGAGACUUGUUAGUUGGUGUUGUGUGCGCGUGCACGAAUUGCAUCGAGGGCAGGAGAACUCCAGGCCAGGAAUACGAUCAACGAGGCCGUAUAGACAAUGGUUUUGGUGAGGAACCCGGUAUAAUUGCGGUCUUCCCCUCGAGGCACCAGAUGGAAAUCCAUCACGGCGGGGGAAGCAAGCGGCCAGUAGCGAUGACGACAACAAGCAGCAGAGCCCGGGAGGGAAAUGAGAAUCCCGACCGGGAUAAGAAAGUAAAAAAAGGGAAUCAGGGGAAUCAAGAGGAGAAGAGGAGAAGGAGUUGGACUAAAAAAGCCGGAUUGAAGGCAGACGAAGCAGGGCUGGUCAGCGCCCUCCUCCAUGGCGGGGAUGGACUGCCAAAAGGUGUGAUGUGCACUGAAUUGAAACCCUCUGGCCAACCGGUUCCCGAACGUUGCACUGCAGCUGCUGCCCGGCUUCUUUUGCUCUCUCGAUAUCCAUCAUCCAUCAUGCCAACUUCGGAAGCAAGGGGCCGGUCGUCCAUCGGGUCACCAGAGAGCUUGUUUACGGGAAUUGAGUCUUCAUUAGUGUUGCCUGCGGGUCACAUUGGCCUAUGA